ACCAAAGCUCAUCAGCUUAGCAUGAGGAUAACUUUGUAUCUCGCCGCUUUCUUGGUUCUUUGCAAAAAGGGUGACUCGGUGGAAACGACUGUCAGCCCUCAAAAGGAGAACAAUGAAAUGGAUCUUUGUAAGGUACACAUAAAAAACAACUUGUCUUUAUUUAUUGGACUUGACUUCUACCAAACUGAAUUACAAGCAGUGAGAUUAUCUGACAAAAACAGAUAGGUUUCCUUUUCAAAACCCCGUUUAGCUGUUUUUCUCCAAGCUCGAACGCGUCCCAUUAAAUGAUAAGAAAUCCGAAAAUCUGAAGAGAGGGGGGGAAUUGAGUUGGUAAUUUACAAUUCAUCCAUCUGUAAUGGUUCGUGAUAUGUAUUAAAGGAGAUUUUUAUUGGAUUUAAAGCUUUCAGUACAAAGGUAGAAUUCAUGGACAGAUGACGAAGAUAAUGCUGUUGAAUUUAUGUUGUUUCAUAAAAAGCAAAUAACCGCCUUCCUUGACAUCUCAUCAGUUAACAAACCAAACAAAUAUUUAGCUUUCCUCCGUGAGGAAGAAGCCCAAAGUAAACAAGUAGGUUUUCUACAAGAAGCAACUAUUCUUGCCUUAUCUUGAUGUGGUACUUGGGAAUACCUGACUUAUCCAAUGUUGAAGAGCAUCUGGAUGUUUAAAUCGAGGGAAAUACAACAAAAAUGUUUGAUCUUGUUGACGCGUUAAUACAUGCGGAGACAGGAAGUAAAAUGAUUCCGUUGCGUGUCUCUCCUUUUGAAUAUUGUGCGACACUUUUGUUUGGAGCUCUUUGUAUCUGGGCCUCUCUGAGGUAAAAAGAAGAGCUAAAAUACGACCAACUGACGUCAGAGAUACAAUCUACUUAGACAAUAAGCUUUUUUCCGAACGUCCUAAUUAUCAGCAAAGCUUUAAACAGCUAAACAAAUCAACCUUUGAUAUACGAUAUAAAAGAGGUAAUUUGUGCUUAGAUUAAGACAAUAUCUAAUACGUCUCUUCCUCGUCUUCUUCCAAGAAAUUAACCCCUUCCCAUGGUUUUUCGGGAAUUCCUGGGUCGAAUGGCAUGCCGGGAGUGCCUGGCGUUCCGGGGCUACAAGGCCAACAGGGAAGGGAUGGAGAAAAGGGACAGACUGGUGACAAAGGGGUACAAGGAUUGAUGGGUCAAAAGGGAGAUAAAGGCAAGCAAGGAUCACCUGGGAAAAGCGGAGCUCCGGGAAUGACGGGAAUCAAAGGAGAUAAAGGAGAUGGAGGUUCGCGCGGGAUCAUUGGAAAACCAGGAGAGCAGGGAAUCAAAGGAUUACAAGGAAGAAAAGGUGACAAGGGAGAAAAAGGAGAAAGUCCGAUCAGUGUAGUGUCACAAAGUAACUGGAAACAGUGCGUGUGGAAGUCUAGUGAUGGCAGAGAUAGCGGUAAGAUCAAGGUAUGACAAAGAUAUUGAUAAGAGGAUUCGAAAGAGUAAAAUUGUAACUGCAAUGUUGAGGAAGUCUCAAUGACAAUAAAACCGAUCCAUUACAAAUGGUUAGAGCGAGUUAUUCUUUAUGCUACUCUUAAAGUUUCUGCCGGCGAGCACAUUAAGAUCUUUCUUUGCAUGAUAUUUUAGAGAAAGUUCAGGUUGGAAAGGGGCACUCAAAAACAAGUACUUCGCUAUCUCAGUGAUUCUUGUUUAAGCUAACACUGUUUGUUGCUUUUUGUUUCUAUAGGAUUGCCUCUUUAACAAGCUGCAAGCAGAUACCGCCAUCAAAGUCUCAUUCCAGGGAAACAUGCGAGUCAUUGGCGACAAUAGGUGCAGUCGCUGGUUCUUCAAAUUUAAUGGCAAUGAAUGCGGUGGGCCAAUGACAAUCGAGGCUGUUGUUUACAACAGUUGGCCAUCUGGUAAUCCCAACCUGCUCCAUCAUCGAUCAUUUGAAGGAUACUGUGAAAACAUCCUACAGGGCAGGAUAACGGUGGAGUUAUGGGUAGGGCAAUGUCCGAGGGGAUUUACUCUGGGUGACGCUCAAACCGGGUGGAAUUCUGUAUCCCGAAUAAUGAUCGAGGAAGUAUCAAGAGCCCAGUCCUGACCAUUUAGCUCUGCUUGGAAAAUUAAUGCGAGUAAAGAAUGUAACCAUGAUUGGUGACUUUGAUUAUGUUAGUUGAAAGAAAGUUUGAGCAAAGUGUAACGAUUCCUUUAUCAAAUAAAACAGUUUGUAUUGCCC